GGACGGAAGGGAGGGGAGAGAGAGAGAGAGAGAGAGAGAGAGAAAAGAGGGGGAGCACAUGUGUAUGCUUGUCACUAAGGGGCUGGGAGAAGGACUAAGGGAAGCGAGGUAGCUGGCCACAGCCGCCAUAUGCUGACUGGAUUCCUGUUCAUGUCUGCUGAGUGAAGACUGUAGGUUUCUGUUUUGUGCUGGCCGGCUGUGGAACACACCAUGGGAAGCUCACAUCUCCUGAACAAAGGCAUGCCUCUAGGCAUUAGGCCACCGAUCAUGAAUGGGCCCAUGCACCCGCGUCCCUUGGUGGCACUACUGGAUGGGCGCGACUGCACUGUGGAGAUGCCUAUCCUGAAAGAUGUAGCAACUGUGGCCUUCUGCGAUGCUCAGUCCACACAAGAGAUCCACGAGAAGGUGCUGAAUGAAGCUGUAGGAGCCCUGAUGUACCAUACCAUCACUCUGAUGAGAGAAGAUCUGGAAAAGUUUAAAGCUCUGCGCAUCAUUGUACGCAUUGGCAGCGGAUACGACAACAUUGACAUCAAAUCUGCUGGGGAACUGGGCAUAGCUGUAUGUAAUAUGCCAGCAGCCUCAGUGGAGGAGACAGCAGACUCCACGCUGUGCCACAUCCUCAACUUGUACCGACGCACCACCUGGCUGCACCAGGCUCUCCGGGAGGGCACACGUGUUCAGAGCGUCGAGCAGAUCCGAGAGGUGGCGUCAGGUGCCGCAAGGAUCAGAGGAGAGACUUUGGGACUCAUAGGGCUCGGUCGGGUAGGCCAGGCUGUCGCCCUGCGAGCCAAGACCUUUGGCUUCAGUGUGAUUUUCUAUGACCCUUACUUGGCUGACGGGGUAGAAAGAUCCCUGGGACUACAAAGGGUCACCACACUACAGGACCUGCUCUUCCACUCUGACUGUGUCUCUCUGCACUGUAGCUUGAACGAACAUAACCACCACCUGAUCAAUGACUUUACCAUCAAACAGGUAGGGGCACAACAGGCCAUCCUGGUUACCACGGCCAGGGGGGGUCUGGUAGAUGAGAAGGCCCUGGCUCAGGCCCUGAAAGAGGGGAGGAUACGUGGCGCUGCUCUGGAUGUUCAUGAGACAGAACCGUUCAGUUUCAGCCAGGGCCCCCUAAAGGAUGCCCCCAACCUGAUCUGCACCCCGCAUGCUGCCUGGUACAGUGAACAAGCAUCACUGGAGAUGAGAGAGGAGGCAGCCAGGGAGAUCCGAAGGGCUGUCACAGGUCGUAUCCCAGACAGUCUGAAGAACUGUGUAAAUAAAGAUUUCCUCACUCAGAACAACCACUGGGCAGGAGUUGACCCAGCUGCCGAGCUCAACGGAGUUUAUAGGUAUCCCCCAGGAGUGGUGAACUUGCCGGCCGGCGGUCUCCCACCUCCAGUUGAAGGCAUCGUACCCAGUGCCGUGCCCAUCUCACACACCCUCCCGCCAGCUGUCACACACCCUCCCCAUGCCCCAUCCCCUGGACAAAACACAGUGAAGCCGCCAGAGGGCGACAGAGAGCAGCAUCCGAAUGAUCAACUGUAGCUACAAACACGUACACACUUGCUUGUCCAUGCUGUCUGGUGACCAGAGCCAGUGGUGUCAUGGCAACUGGUGUCAAAGCGGUAACAGGUUUGUUAUUAGACAGGUUCACAGAGUGUCAGAUGGACAAGCUGAGGUCCCACAAACAAUUGAUUCACAUCUCUCUGGCAGUUGGUUCCCAGCAGCCAGUUCACACUCCAAAGAAGAAGUGGAAGAAGAGGAUUGCAUGGAGGAGCGGAUAGCUGUCAGAUGCUCUAAUCAAAGAGGACAGUUGUCCUGUGCCCAACUAGAAGUUCUGAGAAGACUGUAAAACUCAAGGUCCGCAGGUUGAUCUCUACAUAACAACUAUAGUUAAGUGUUAAACAGUUUCCUCUGCCAGAAGUAAAAAUAAAUAAAUAAAUAAAUACAAUUAUAAAUAACAAUUUGUUGAUUUGGAAUAAUAAAAAAAAAACCCAAUUAAAUUCUGCUGUCUUAGACUGUAAUGUGUCCAAAGUUAGAGGAGCAGGUUACAGAUCUUUCUCUCUUUUAUCUGUCCUUUGUUAGUUUGAUGUGCAAGCAAAAGUAGUAGGUUAUGAAAUGAAUGUAACCUGUCUGUGUACAGUUUUUAGACUUGCAGCAAGAAGAUACUGAUAUUUGUAUUCCAGUCUUAACAAAAACAAGGGUUGUGUGAUCUCUCUAUGUAGCCAAAUUGGUUUAACAAUACCAUGUUUUUAAUGUGUCCCCAAAUUAACAAGCCCCCCUCCCCCAAAAAGAGGCAGCUUUUUGCACACCAUCUCAGGAAAUUAAGUUUCCACAGUUGGUAUAUUGUUUUUACAUUUUUUUUGUUUUAAAUUCAUUUUUAUGCCACUUAGUGCUCUUGUUUUUCUACCUGCUUGCCUUUUCAUGUCCCACUACAGUAAAAAAAAAACCUUAACAUCAGCUAAUAUUUGUUUUUGUUUCUCAUGUUUAAGGGCCAUGUGAUCUUGCUUUUUGGACUUUUGUAAAUGUUUAACCCAAAUUGAGGGGUUGUGGGAGGAAAGGUUGUAGGGAGGUGGCAAAAUGGUAUGCUUGGCUUCAUCCCUAGUCCUGAUUUUGAAUUGCUGAAUAGAGUGACUAGAUUAAUUGGUCUGUAAGAGAACGCAAGUUGUCUACACAGCGAUGCACUAAGAGUUUGUAGCAGCUUACGAUUUGAGACAUUCUCAUAAAUGGCUUUUAUCUUUGUCUUCUUUGUGUCUAAUGAUCCAGUACUUCCACUACUACAUUGUCCAGGUCAUGGAGCACAGUUCAGCACACUGAGGUUUACAAAUGAUGCACAGCAUUGACAAAUCAGUGUGUUGCUUCAUUCUGCAAAACUGAUCUCACUAUAAAUUGGUAUUUCACUGAAGUUGCCCUUCUAGUUUUGGAUAUGUCAAAUCAGCCAACAGUGACAAACUGAACCAGUAUGAAGUGCAAUGCUUCCUGUCACGACCAUUUUCAGUUCCUGUUUGAAGAGGUCACAUCAGUUAGUGGUUACAGACAAAUGAGGAACAAGUGUGUGCUCGAAGUUAGGUCAGACCAAAUGAUCAUGUUUUUGUUCUGCAUCCAAAUCAAUCUAUUAAGACUUAAUGGUAUGUCAGUUUGAUCAACUUUCUAAAAAAGGAACGUCCUGCUUGUAAGAACAAACUCAUAGAGAGACCAAUCAUAUAUGCACAAUGAAGUAAAGCAUGUCAGAGCGUAUGGAUUUCUCCAGCCUGGUGUCCCUUUAACAUUUCAUGAUGGGUCCUUCCAAAGUAUACCGUUGAGCCACCCUCUGUGGCCUCUGUGUCUAUGUGUACAUAUGGUGUUAUGCCUGCCUGUGUCAAUGUGACUUGGUUGUAUCUGUGUCUAAAAAAGCAGCACUGGGAGGAGGGGUGGUGGUUAGUACUCUCCACAAGGCAUCAUUACAAAGACUGAAAUCUAAAUACACAAUUAACCUCUAGGUAAAAAACUAAAAAUGCUUUGCUAAAAAUUUGAGCCAGUAACCCAUGUCUUUACUGAUAAUAUUCCCACAAUUUAAACAAGAUGCUUAAAUUAUUUGUCAGAAGUAAAAUAUCUGAAGCUCUUUUCUAUCUGGAAUAUUUAUUACUUACUCCAGUUCAUGUGUUGUUGAUGUUAGCAGGCCAGCUAAGUGAUGGUGCUUUCUGGAUCCCCUUCUACCAGCAGCUGAGUAGUAAAAACAGUUCACUGUUGCCUACCUGGUCGUCUUCAUGGUGAGGUAGUAAGAGUAGCAAUCAGGGAUGGAAAUUUCACUAGCCAUUGGUGAAUAUUUUACUGUCAUCACUGGCCAGAAUCUGAACGGGGUGUCUAGUACACAAGGUACCGAGGUGAUAUUUAAUAUCAGUGUCAGGCUAGAGCCCCAAAAUCCUCAAAGAAAUGGUGGAAUAUUCUGAUCUUUACUCUAAAUGUUUUCUCACCUGAUACCUGUUGGUAUAUGGGAAACUCUGAGAAACUCUUCGCUAGUCCUUCCUAAUAUAAAGUGUAAGAAUUCCACGUUCAAACCAAUGGGCGACACAAAUAAAAACAAUACAAAAACCUGCUUUUAAAGUGUCGAGGUGCUCCUUGAAAUUCCAUCCCUGACGGUAACACAGUCCACUGUUGCCUACCUUGGUCUCCUUUAUGGUAAAGUAGUAGGCGUAGCAAUAUACAGUAUACAUAUUCUAUAUUCUACAGUAAAUAUCAUUAUUUUUGGUCAAAACUGACAACCUGACAAAGAUAUGUUUGUGACUGUAUGCAUUUGUAUGAAUUAUUUUAAAAGGAAAUAAACAGUGGAAAAGUGAAAUUU